ACGAACGGAAACGGAUCGGUCAGCUGCGUCAGACCAGAAAGAAAAGUGGAAUGAUAAUAACCGCAGUAACGCGUCCGUUUCACGAGUAUUAUGUUUACCAUGAAGGAUAAAGGACCUAUCCAGCUGUGCCUUCUCGCUCUUCUGCUGUUAAACGCCUGCGAGGCAUUCUGUGAUAGUCUGUCGAACGUUUCAAUCAGCGACUCACCGGGACCAUGGUCCGAGAUACUGGAGAGUUGGGUAGUCUCCGACUCGAGGACGUUAAGGACCGCCAAGGUGAUGAAGCUGGGCGACAACACCUUGAUGAUUUCCAGUAAAGUAUCGACGCCGAACAAGCGAGAAGUUUCCGAGACCGAUCUCUACCUUCUCGGAGCGAUCGAGAAGCUCGUGUACAGAGUAGACUUCUUAGAGAACCGGUUGAGAAGAGCAGAAGAACUUCUCUAUUACGUGAUUUCCGGGAACAUGAAUCAGAAGAAACCGUGUCCUGCGAACUACACAAAAAUCGGCCAGCAUUGCUACCAUUUCAGCAGCCGCGAAUUCGACUGGAAAUCAUCGGCGAGUCUUUGCCGCGGUAUGGGUGGCCAUUUGCUGGAAUUCGAGAAAGACGAUGAGAAACGAGAUGUGUUCAGUAGCCUGCAGACAAAUUCGAAGUUGAAAGGUAAACACUUCUGGACCGGUGGACUGAAUCCUGGUCUAUUGUGGAUUUGGGCGAGCAGCGCGAAGCCGGUUUAUCAGAAUACGAAGCAAACCGUACCUGGCGACGGCAGAUGUCUGAGGCUGUCUUACAAUUCAACGUCUCGACUGUACUCGUACCAUAGUGACGAUUGCGGUGCAAGACACAGAUACGCUUGCAAAUUAAACAUGGACGAUGAAUCGGCGAACAAAAUCGAAAAAACCGCGAGGUCGCUAAGGGACGGACAAACUUCGACGUAGCGAAGGACUGAAUUAUAUUGUUAGUAACCCAAUUUCAUGUUUGAGCCGUUUAUUUUGAAAGUGGCAUAAGUCACUUUGUUUUUAAGUCGAUAUAUUUAAGUAUUUGCGUU